GAAGAGGCAAAAGCUUCACGGAACCAAUUUUCAUAUUCCGUUUGGAUAAGAUAAUAGAUAAGGAAAGAAGUCAAUAUCGGCGACUAAUUAACAUGGUUCAGUCGAUGAAUUCGGGGAAAAAAUCGUCUGUGGUGAAGUUAGAGCUGGACGACUCGUUAGAGGACCAGCUCGGUCCUCUUCACAAACGAUCCAAACUCGAACAAGAAUGUAAACUUGAAACGUCGCCGUUUUUUAUCCUGCCUUCGAAGUACAAUCCACUAGAAGAGCCAAGUCCGUUGGGAUUAAGUCUGAAGAAGACGGCGUCGUUUUUGGAUUUGAUUCAAAUGAAGCUUUCGGAAGAAAAUGUAAAUUUGAGGAAGCGGAAGUGUAAAGGCAGUGUCGUUUCAGCUUCCAAUGAUAAGCUGAAGGCCUCUAAUUUUCCAGCCUCGCUUCUAAGAAUCGGAAAUUGGGAGUAUAAAUCGAGAUAUGAGGGGGAUUUGGUGGGGAAAUGUUACUUUGCGAAGCAUAAGCUAGUGUGGGAAGCGCUUGAUGGUGGUUUGAAGAACAAGAUUGAAAUUCAGUGGUCCGAUAUUCUGGCGAUCAAGGCUACUUAUUCUGAAGACGGACCCGAGACCUUGGACGUUGUGCUGGCUAGACGGCCUCUUUUCUUUAGGGAGACCAAUCCACAACCCAGGAAACACACUUUAUGGCAGGCAACAUCAGAUUUUACAGGUGGACAAGCAAGCAUCCACAGGCAGCAUUUUCUGAUGUGCCCACAAGGCUUUCUUGCAAAGCACUACGAAAAGCUCAUACAAUGUGAUCCGCGUCUCAAUUUCUUGAGUCGACAGCCAGAAAUUGUCUUAGAUUCUCCAUAUUUUGAACCCGGAGCUUCAGCCUUUGAUGAACCAGAUGUUUCCAGCCAUUUAAAAAGGGAGGAGCGACCUGUUUUAUUUGAUUUGCUGGAUGGGGCGAUGCCAUCCGGUGUUCAGUCAUCAUCCUCUAAUGUUGAACCACAAGAUUUCAUGAAUCGUUCACCUAUCUCAGUGAUGGACACCUGUACAACAGGAGAAAUCAGAAGCAGCGGAGCCCAGGAAACAAAUAUGCUCAGCCAUUGGGACCAGAUCAAAGUUCCUGGACUUCACUCAUCUAUGUCUAUGAGUGAUCUGGUGAAUCACAUUGGCCAUUGCAUCUCAGAACAGAGGGCAUCUGGUGGUUCCUUACUUUUUGGUACUGACCUACAUGGAAGAGACGUUCUGGAGGAGAUUACUCAAUACUUGUUUAGUGACUCUCAACUUACAUCAUCCUCUGAUGAGAAGUCUCUAAUGUCGAGGGUCAAUUCACUUUGCUGCCUUCUGCAGAAAGAUUCUACAGCAACACAAAACUUGCAGGAAAAGAGUAGCGAAGGUGCCAACAUAAAUGGUGUCACAAAAUUAGCUGAAACCAACUCAGUAAAGUGUGAAAGCAAGGUUGGACCAGAUUUUGGUGCAUCGGAGGGUGGAUUGGGCAGUGUUUCUGGCCGCAGGCAACAACCUACCAUGUUGAGGAAGGACUCAGUUGCAGAACUGCUGCAGAGUCUUCCACGAAUUGCAUCUCUCCCGCAAAUUUUAAUUAACUUCUGCGAAGAUUCUAACAAAGAAAGAUAGCAAGUUCAUCCACUGCUCCCAUCUACACCAAGAUUAAAGGUAAUCUUCGUUCAGACAUAUGUAAAUAUGGAGAUUGUGAGUUAGAGAUCCUAGAUUGAUGAAGACUCCUCACAUGUUCAUAAGUGAACCCAGUUUGUACCACACUCUAGAUUACUACUGUAAAUAUUAGCAAAUCCUUUUUCCA